GGAUGACUGGGGAGAGACACGCAGGAUAAAGAUGCAGUGUUCAGGAGGAGAGUGGUCGCAAAGAAAGAAUUCCGGGACGUUUGACCGCAGUGUGACCCUGCUGGAGGUGUGUGGCAGCUGGCCAGAGAGCUUUGGCCUGCGUCACAUGAGCUCUGUGGAGUCCACCGAGGAGGGGCUGAGAGAGAGGCUGGCAGACGCCAUGUCAGAGUCACCAUCCAGAGACAUAGUGGGCUCGGCUACCGAGCUCCAGAGGGAGGGCAGCAUUGAGACUCUCAGCAACAGCUCUGGUUCCACCAGCGGCUCCAUCCCCCGUAACUUUGAGGGCUACCGCUCUCCACUGCCCACCAACGAGAGCCAGCCCCUCAGCCUCUUCCCCUCCGGAUUCCCCUAGAGGAGACCAGGAAACAGCCUGCCUACCACCCUACAAGACCUGGGGUCAAAUACUAUUUUAAGUCUUUCAAAUGCUUUGAGUGUUUGCUUUAGUCUGCCCGGGGUGCCUGAUGGGAGGGGACUACAUUUUACAACUAUUCUAUUGGUUCUAGACAAGCUCAAUAAAGCCCAGAUAGAGUAUUUGAACCCAGAUCUGCUACCUACCAUCCAUCUUACCGCUUCACACAGCACAGCCAGACAGUCCUGAUGUCUUCCGGUCUCUCGCCAUGUUGUUGUUCAUUAGGAUGUUAUUGUGAGCAGUGGUUCCCUUUUCAUGUUCCCUCCUCUCUCUUUCCAAAUCCAGGAACUGUCCAGUGUUACUCCCACCUACCGAUGUGUGUGUGUGUCUGUCUGUCGAUGUGUCACAUGGCGUGUGUUUCAUUUUGGGUGUGUGAAAUAGCUGAAGUUUGUUAUUUAGCUAGACAUGUUUUUAUGUAGUUGAUUAACUACGUGUCACUUUGACUUUUUCACAAGCUUGUAAAUGGUGAUGGACCUAAUGUAGCUGUGGUUGUUUUGCUUCUGAAGAUAAUGACCUAGCUCAACAUGCGCGCUGUAAUGUAUAUUAGCUUUGCUUAUUAAGACCAAAUCACUUCCAUGUAUGCUUUUCUCUUCAUUUGGUAACAUUGAUGGUUUUGGUGGGUAUCUUUGUAGUUUGUUGAGUCGAGUGUCUUCUGAUGAUUUCAUCUUGCUUUGAUUAUGAUUUUCUUUUUCUUUUUUUUGCAACAAAAAACAGGUUUGUGCUUUAACAAAAGAAAAGGCUUAUUCCUUACUUGCGUACACACACACACACACCUCAAACACACCCCAAACACAAACACACGCUUGUAUGCUGAAUAACUACUUUGCCAGCUUGCUUUUCUUAGUGAAUGGGUCAUUGCUAGACUUGACCAGACCACAUAGGACUUGAAAUGAAGUGUGAUCUGAUGCACUAGUGAGAACAGAAAGAUAGAUUCACAUUUGAGUCUUAAAACAGGUUCUAAAUAUUUGGUCACUGAUUUUGUAUUUAGUGUUUGUCAACAUUUUAAUUUUAUAACACAAUCCUAGUCCUUUGUCUGGGGAAUGGAUGUCUGGUUGACUACACGGGUCUGUUCAGAAAAAUGCUACGUUACAGGACUUUCAGGUAGAAAUACAUUUUAUAGAACAUGUGACUCCUCUCUGUCCUGUAGGAAAAGGAGUCAUUACAGAUCUGUAUAUUACAUAUUUAUCUGCAAUGUUCGGGAAUGUUUCACCCUACUGAACACAGCCAUAUUCCCGUAAUUCUGCAUGUUGAAUGAGUCGAUGGCUACUGCUGCUUGGUCACUGGACAAUGUAACAUAAAAGAGGCAUGAUGAAUUUAUUCAUUUUAAUGCAGAACACAUGUUUAUUAAUAAAUUUUUACUAAUAUUGGUUUUGUAAAAUACCAAAUCGUUAUUUGCUAUACAUUCAUGUUAAUGAAAUGUAUUGAUGUGUUAUUAUUACCCCUGGAUACUCAAUGAUUUCAUAUAUGCUCAAUAAAUAUUACACCUGCA